GAAACGAUCGGAUUAACAACAGUACUCGAGUUUUCCUUUCUAGUUCGGUUGUAUUUCUGUGCUUGGACUACCUGCCCCGCUAAUCAUUUGUUUUCUAGACGAUCUCCAACCGGGGGAAGACAGACACAACUCUGACAGGGCUGAAACAGGUUGUGUCGAGUCAUGGCAUUCAGUAAAGGUUAUCGUAUUUAUCAUAAACUGGAUCCCCCUCCGUACAGUGUGAUUGUGGAGACCAGAAAUCGAGAGGAAUGCCUGAUGUUCGAGACUGGAGCCGUUGCUGUACUGUCGGCGGCAGAGAAAGAGACCAUCAAAACAGCGUACACUAAGAUGCUGGAUGCUUAUGGGAUCCUGGGAGUUCUUCGUCUUAACCUUGGGGAUUCUAUGCUGCACAGCCUGGUGGUCGUCACAGGCUGCAGUUCAGUGGGGAAAGUCCAGGAUUCAGAAGUUUUUCGAGUAACGGGCACUGACUUCGUCUCUCUGAAAAACGACCCCUCGGAUGAGGACCGCAUCGCUGAUGUCAGGAAAGUCUUAAACUCGGGGAACUUCUAUUUCGCCUGGUCCUCCACCGGAGUGAGUCUGGACCUCAGCUUGAACGCGCACCGCAGAAUCAGAGAAGACAUAUCUGACAAUCGUUUUUUCUGGAAUCAGUCCCUCCAUCUCCAUCUCAAGCAUUAUGGGGUGAACUGUGAUGACUGGCUGCUGAGGUUGAUGUGUGGCGGAGUGGAGAUCCGCACCAUCUACGCUGGCCACAAGCAGGCCAAAGCUUGCGUGAUCUCUCGGCUCAGCUCAGAGAGAGCAGGCACACGUUUUAAUGUCCGAGGCACAAAUGACGAUGGCCAGGUGGCCAACUUUGUGGAGACUGAGCAGGUUGUUUUCCUUGAUGACAAAGUAUCUUCCUUCAUUCAGAUACGAGGGUCAAUACCCCUUUUCUGGGAGCAGCCGGGAAUUCAGAAACACUCUUUUAAGGGGAUUAUGUUGCAGCUGAAUCAAAGUCGAGAGGCGAAAGGACAGCAUGGAAACCAACAGCUGGUCGGAUCUCAUCGUGUUAAGCUGUCUCGUGGUUUUGAAGCAAACGCACCGGCUUUUGAGAGACACGUUAGUGCUCUGAGGAAGCUGUAUGGCAGACAGGUGAUCAUCAACCUGCUGGGUAUGAAGGAGGGGGAAAACAUGCUCAGCAAAGCAUUCCAGAGUCACCUGAAAGCCUCAGAGCAUGCGAAUGCUGUGAGAAUGUUGAACUUUGACUAUCAUCAGAUGGUUAAAGGCGGGAAGACUGACAAGCUCAACACUGUCCUGAAACCUCAGAUCAGCAAGUUUCUGGAGGAAUGUGGUUUCUUCUACUACUCGGAGGAGGCCGGCAUUCAGAGAUGUCAAACUGGGACUAUUCGUUCCAAUUGUUUAGACUGCUUGGACCGAACAAACAGCGUCCAGGCCUUCAUUGCACUUGAGAUGCUUCCAAAACAGUUGAAAGACAUGGGUCUGACUGAGAAGCCUCAGCUGGUGGCACGCUUUCAGGAGGUUUUCCGCUCCAUGUGGUCCAUCAAUGGAGACUCGGUCAGCAAGAUCUACGCAGGCACUGGUGCCCUGGAUGGCAAGGCUAAGGGUGGAAAGCUAAAAGACGGCGCUCGCUCAGUCACCAGAACCAUUCAGAACAACUUCUUUGACAGCUCUAAACAGGAAGCCAUUGACAUCCUGAGACUGGGCAGCACCCUGAACAGUGACCUGGCAGAUAAGGCACGAGCCCUCCUCACAACCGGCAGCCUGUACGUCACUGAGCCCAUUUUACAGUCAGCCUCUCCCAGAGUGCUUCUGGGCAUGUGUCAGAACCACUUCAAGUACACACGUCCCAAGAAGAUCAGAGUGUGUGUGGGUACAUGGAACGUGAACGGGGGCAAGCAGUUCCGCAGUAUUGCGUUUCGUAACCACACGCUCAAUGACUGGCUCCUGGAUGCCCCUAAGAAGGCCGGCCACCCAGAAUUCCAGGAUGGAAAAUCUAACCCAGUGGACAUCUUUGCUAUUGGCUUUGAGGAAAUGGUAGAGCUGAAUGCUGGAAAUAUCGUCAGCGCAAGCACCACUAAUCAGAAGCUGUGGGCUGCAGAACUGCAGAAGAACAUCUCACGAGAGCACAAAUACGUGCUGCUGGCCUCAGAGCAGCUGGUGGGUGUGUGUCUGUUCGUCUUCAUACGUCCUCAGCAUGCACCAUUCAUCAGGGACGUUGCUGUGGACACAGUGAAGACUGGGAUGGGUGGAGCCACUGGUAAUAAAGGGGGUGUGGCUAUUCGCAUGCUCUUUCACACCACCAGCAUCUGCUUUGUGUGCUCUCACUUUGCUGCCGGCCAGUCACAGGUCAAAGAGAGGAACGACGACUACAAUGAAAUUGCACGCAAACUGUCCUUCCCCAUGGGCCGUCUCCUGUACUCCCAUGAUUAUGUAUUCUGGUGUGGAGACUUCAAUUACCGAAUAAAUAUUCCCAAUGAAGAGACAAAGGAACUGAUCAGACAGGAGAAGUGGGAUGCACUGAUUGCUGGAGAUCAGCUGCUGGAGCAGAAGAAUGCUGGACAGAUUUUUAGGGGCUUUAUUGAAGGGAAGCUGGAUUUUGCGCCCACUUAUAAAUAUGACCUGUUUUCGGAGGACUACGACACCAGUGAGAAGUGCCGCACACCAGCCUGGACUGACCGUGUGUUGUGGAAGAGAAGGAAGUGGAACUUUGAUAAAACUGCGGAAGAGUUGGAGUUGAAUGUAGUAGGAGCCUCAGUGAAUGAGGAGGAUCAGUACCCAUGGAGCCCUGGAGAGCUCAAGUAUUAUGGUAGAGCAGAGCUCAAAACCUCUGAUCACAGGCCUGUGGUGGCUAUCAUGGAUGUGGACAUACUUGAGGUGGAUCCAGAGGCCAGACAUCAGGUGUAUAAGGAAGUGAUCGCCCUGCAGGGUCCACCAGAUGGCACCAUCCUUGUCUCUCUCUGCACGUCUGGGCCCGAUGACUACUUUGAUGAUGCACUGAUUGACGACCUGUUGGACAAGUUUGCAAAUUUUGGCGAGGUUAUUCUUAUCAGGUUUGUUGAAGAGAAAAUGUGGGUGACAUUUUUGGAGGGAUACUCUGCUCUGGCAGCUCUAUCUUUGAGUGGCUCUACUGUGGAUGGUAAGACCAUAGACAUUCGUCUGAGGAGUCCAGGUUGGAUAAAGAGUCUAGAGGAGGAAAUGAGUGUGGAGAGAAUCUGUGGAAGCAUCCCAACAUCCACCAGCUCUACCCUGCUGGCAGAAAACUCUGACAUAGGAGAAGAGUAUGACAUGGAAGGUGAUGUGGAUGAGGAGGUUGAGGAUAUUUUACCCCAGCACCUGCAACCUGGAGCAGGCAUGGAUCUGGGCGCAUCCCCUGCCACAUCACCACACACCAGUCCCUGCCCCUCUCCUACCCACGGAGAACCUGUGGCCCCCAUCCGGCCCAGCAGAGCGCCUCCACGCACAGCUGGACCACCACUGGGUUCUCCUGUUGAUGGUCAGCCAGCUGGAGCUCCCUCUUCACAGAUACUAGAUCCAAAACGCCCCCCUCCUCCACGCCCCAAUGCCCCACCACCCCGACCUGCACCUCCACAGCGCCCACCACCACCCUCAGGACAAAAAAGCCCAGCAUUAGCACGUGCAGAUGCAGCUGGUCGAGGUCAAGCCACCGGUUCAGCCCCUGGAGGCGCCUCGCGGCCAAUCCCACCUCGAGCAGGAGUCAUCAGCGUCCCUCCUCAGGCUAGACCUCCUCCUGCUCAUCCUGGGGCCCCCAGACCCAUAGCAGAGGGGCAUCCUGGGGCACCACGACCCUCACCUGAUAAUCAUCCCGGAGCACCAAGACACAUUCCUGAACCCCAAAGAAAACCAUCUGAACUGCCUUUGGGUCCAACCCCGACACUGCCAAGUCCCAUGAGGCCUCAGAUGAUAUCACCCAUGCAGCCUCAGUGUGUGUCACCAAUGCAGCCUCCAGUCCAAGUCCAACUGCCCCCACCCAUACAAUCCCAGCUCCCUCCACCAAUGCAGCCCACCUUCCCUGUCUCGCUGGUGCCUCAGCCUGCUCCUCAAGAGUCUACUGGAGCCGCUGCCGCCCCUCAGCCUGGACUGGCAUCUCCUAAACCUCCACCCCGGAGCCGGUCCUCUCAUGCACUGCCACCUGAGUCUGCUCCUGCUCCUACAUCUCAGGCCAAGGAGAUGAAUGGAGUCAAAAGAGAAGCACAAUGGAAACAAGACCCCUUCCACACGCUUAACACCCAGUCCCUCUUCCAAAACACCUCGUUUUCCGCUUCCCUCCCUCGCUCUUCCUCAUGCAGCCUCUCCCCUUCUUCUUCCUCCACAUUACCCAGCUCCCUCUCCCUUUUCUCAGCAUCGGACACUAGCAGCACUCCAUGUCUUCUGCUUCCACCCGUACCCUCCCGCAGCAAAUCCCAGGAGACCCUCUGUUCAUCCCCCAGUCCGUUCCUCGCUGAAGCCCAACCCAGACCCAGCAGCACCAACUUUUUCACCGGCAACCUAUUGUCCUCCCCACGCCGAGCGCUCACGCCCGAUUUCUACACCCAGCAGCAGUCCCAGGAGGCCAGCCCGGGCCUCAGCAGGGCCAUGUCUGCUGUGGUUCACAGUUCAACUCUUCCACCAUCAUUUUCCAGACAGCAAUCCUUAGUUCCUGCUCCAGCAGUGGCCCCAGCCAAACAGAUCCAAGAAUGGGUCACAUUCGAUGAUGAUUCAGACUUUUCUAGAAAGGCAGGUGGGUCCGGCCCGCCGCUUAUACCUGCAGCCUCAUCCCUUCCGUUCCCACAACCUCAGAGCAGCAUCCCCAGCUCAGGCUUUGGCAUAAACGGCAACUGGACAUCACUUCCCACUUCUGCGUUUCCCAUGAUCCCCCCUCCGAUCCCAACCAGGACUAAUACCAGCAUCAAAAAUGCCCAUAUCCCCUCCAGAAAUGAAUUUACAGAGAGAUGAUGUAUGAGAAAGUGUAUGUAAAAUACAAAGAAAAUAUUAUUGUGUAUCUAUAAUAUGUGUAUGGUUUGUUUCAAAGUGUGGUGUUGGAAGUGUUUGUCCAAAAUCAGAUCUGGCCGUUACUUUUAGCCCAAUGUAGAUGGGAAAACAAGAGGAAAUCAACACAGUAUGUUGGUAUAUUUUUGGUAUCAUUUGCGUAUUAACCUGCAUAUACACCUGUGUGAAACAUUUUACACUUCAGUGGCCAAAUUUAGUAUAUUACACAUUAGAGCGCAAAUCUUUCAGCUUUUAAAAAUUUUACAAAUGUCAAACUAUAUAUCUCAUUGAGACUUCAGUUUCAUUUUCAACUUACCCUCAUGCCCGUACACAAAAGAAGAUAUUUAUGGAGAAAAAAAAAUUCUCCGUACAAUGGAACUCGAUGGGGUCUAAAUAGGUUGUUUUGGACCCCAUUGACUUCCAUUAUAUGGACAAAACCAGUUGAAACAUUCUUCAAAAUAUGUUCUUGUUUGUUCCACAGAAGAAGGAACAUCAUAUUUGGAAUGACAUGAGAGUGAGUAAAUAAUUUUUUUGAUCAUUUUUUGGUGAACUAUCUCUUUAUUCUGUAACCCAGUGCAAAUAAGAAAACAUAUCUGUAAAACGAGCUUGACCAGAGAUAUCUUUUUUUUGUUGUUAAACUCAUUAUGAAUGUAUCUUUUACCUGUUUCUAUUGCCUAUGUUUAGUUUCAGAGUGUCACAUGCAGCAGUAAUGGUCGCUGUGCUUAACUGCAUUUUAAAAUCGUAGGUCUUAUUUUUCUGGGUGUUCAUGCAAAUGACCCCCCGCGCUUCCUGUAGCACGACCGAUGUGCUUAGCUUGUUGAAAUAUAUCUUCUAUACAUAUUAAUAGUGAUUAUAUGUCUUCCUAGUGGGGAAAAAUGUAAAGUAGUUCUGAAUUGUGAUUAUAUUUCCAGCAAAUUCAUGCCAUAUUUAAAGUGCACUGAAGAGCUCUGUCCUCUACGCUUUCAAACGCACAUUUCGAAUCAAGAGGGUGUAUUUGUUCACAUGAGGGUCACAGUGGCACCUCUCAUUCAUCGACAGUGUAUAUACAUGUGCUUUCAGUUCAUCUGACCCAAAGCUCUCAACAGAAAUGCUGUAUUUAACAAAUGUGUGUAUGUGUGUUUUUUGUUUGUUAGUUUUUUUUUGGUGGAUCCCUCCUUCAAGAUGCUUUCUUUUGUGCAAUGUGUACUUAUUCGCUCAAUGGAAUUGUAUUUUUUUAUUUCGAUGAACAGGUUGUGGAUAAAUCUAUUUAUUAUGUGGAGGAAUACUGUGCUGUAUUUUGUUGUGCGCCAUCUGUUUCUGUGUAUUUUAGCUGUUUGUGCGAGUGCGGGACGGAUUCAGAUAUUUAUGUAACAAGUCAGCUGACUUCAGAGUCAUUAUAGCAUUAUCAUGUCUUCAGUCUGUUUUAGAGAAAUAUAUUUGUCAUGAUAUAAAAUAUGGUAUAAUCUUAAAAGGAAAGCAGUCUGAACACAAAAAGGUGGAUUAUGGAUGGUGUAACAUUUAAAGCUGCCAUCGUAUAUUCUUUAACAAUGCCUUGUUGAUUAAAGUCUGUGGAGUUCCAAGGCCCCAAAGGUGUUUAUUUGAUUCUGGAGAAGCAUAUCAUGGGUCAGCCUCAGUUGUUUUUGUCAAUUGUAUAGCAUUCCAGACUGUAUUAUUGGUGAAUGAUCAGCCUUCAGGAACUGAUUUUUUGUGUGCAGUUGUUUUACUCAUGUUAAGCAGGGUUUUUUUUUUAAAUAUCCCUCAGGGGCGUAAUGCAAAUAUUAAUUCUUGGUUAAAGUGUACGCAUUUCAGGAAAGCAGUAUUCUACUUGUGCUUUUGUUCCCUGUUUACAUUUUGGUACAAAUUUAACAUCUUCAUGGCUGUUCCAAUGUUCGCCUGGGAUGUGCUGAGCAACAUAUGUUGGCUUUGAGCAUUGCAAAUUUAUUUUUAAAGCUUAAAAGCAAUGAAACGUUUGUCUCUGUUUGGAGUUUGGUUGAGGAAGGGGUUAGAAGAAGGCAGCAAGAUUGUGUGAAUUAAUGCAUGAGAAAACCAUUCCAAAAUGCAUUCCAAAGCACUUACUGUGAACACCUCCAGAAUACAGAAAAGUAUCAGGUUGUGGAUUAUGUAUUUUUUUUUGUUUGUUUGUUCGUUUGUUUUUUGAUGACUGAUAAACACAAUGUAACCACUUAACAUUCAAAGGCAUUAGCAUUGAGCCUAAUAUUGCUAGAGCCAGUUAUUAAUGAGAAGCAAGGAUUUAUAGGAAUUAAGUCAUGUUAUGAAGGCAACGUUCCUUUGUAGCUUUUAGCCCAGUAGUAAACAGAAGUCUGUGGCAUUAACCUUAUAUGUAUGUAUACACAAACAAACCACAAAACUGCAAUUCAGUAACGAGUAUUCGGUCUGUAAUUUAAGUGCAUAUCAAAAGUACACAUUAAUGUAUGGAGCAAUUGAUGUUGUAUGUACGCAAUAAUAAAUGUUAUUCAACAUGAG